AGCGCUCUCUCUCUCUCUCUCUCUCUCUCUCUCUCUGUGUCUCUCUCUCUCUCUCUCUCUCUGUCUCUCUCUCUGUGUCUCUCUCUCUCUCUCUCUCUCUCUCUCUCUCUCUCUCUCUCUCUCUCUCUCUCUCUGUCUAUCUCUCUGUCUCUCUCUCUCUCUCUCUCUGUCUCUCUCUCUGUCUCUCUCUCUCUCUCUCUCUCUCUCUCUCUCUCUGUCUCUCUCUCUGUGUCUCUCUCUCUCUCUCUCUCUCUCUCUCUCUCUCUCUCUCUCUGUCUCUCUCUCUGUGUCUCUCUCUCUGUGUCUCUCUCUCUCUCUCUCUCUCUCUCUCUCUCUCUCUCUCUCUCUCUCUCUCUCUCUCUCUCUCUCUCUCUCUCAAACACGCACAUUCACGCACAGAGAGACUGUAGUAGGGUAGGAAGACAACACUCGUGCGCACUUCUGAAAGGGGGAACACUCGUUCCGCCCCUCAAUAACGCUUUCCUUGUCCUAUAGACACUUUGCUUUAUAACGGAAGAAAACAACGACGCUGCCGCAGUAUCAUGACGAACCGGGGCACCCUCGAGCCCUGUGGAUUUUGAGACCGACCGAACUCCCAUCUCGCACGGUCAAGAAGACCUUGCCUCUCCGUCCCGGUGGUCGGGGGAGACGGAACGUCAAGGAGCCCAGGAGAAACACAGCUACGCCAGAGACACCGGACCGCGACCGAGACAGAACGACGGAAAAUGGCUUCGUCAAGUAGCACGUCCCCCGAAGGAGGGACCCCGCCGCACAAGAACCGCAUUCGGCAGUCUGACAGUAACACUAGUUUCCUGCGUGCUGCGAGGGCGGGGAACCUGGACAAGGUUCUGGAGUUCCUGAAAGACGGCGUUGACAUCGGUACCUGUAACCAGAAUGGUCUGAAUGCGCUGCACCUGGCAGCUAAGGAGGGCCAUGAGGACCUGGUGGAAGAACUACUGGAGAGAGGCUCCGCCGUCGACUCUGCCACUAAGAAAGGGAACACAGCCCUCCACAUCGCCUCGCUGGCCGGACAGAAGGAAGUAGCUAGACUGCUGCUGAAGAGAGGGGCCGACAUCAACGCCCAAUCACAGAAUGGCUUCACUCCUCUCUACAUGGCCGCCCAGGAGAAUCACCUGGAGGUGGUCAGAUACCUGCUGGAGAACGGAGGGAACCAGAGCACUGCUACUGAGGAUGGGUUCACCCCCCUGGCCAUAGCCUUGCAGCAGUGUCAUAACCAGGUGGUCUCUCUCCUCCUGGAACAUGACACCAAGGGCAAGGUGCGACUGCCUGCCCUGCACAUCGCUGCCCGGAAGGAUGACACCAAGUCAGCUGCCCUGCUGCUACAGAAUGACCACAACGCUGAUGUUCAGAGCAAGAUGAUGGUUAACAGAACUACAGAGAGUGGGUUUACCCCCCUGCACAUCGCUGCUCACUAUGGCAACGUGAAUGUCUCCACCCUCCUGCUCAACCGAGGGGCAGCCAUAGACUUCACCGCCAGGAAUGGGAUAACUCCUCUCCAUGUGGCCUCUAAGAGAGGGAACACCAACAUGGUGGCUCUACUGCUGGACAGAGGAGCUCAGAUAGAUGCCAAGACCAGGGACGGCCUCACCCCUCUACACUGUGCAGCGCGGAGUGGACAUGACCCCGCCAUAGAACUGCUGCUGGAGAGAGGAGCACCCAUACUGGCUAGGACCAAGAACGGUCUCUCCCCCCUUCACAUGUCGGCCCAGGGAGACCAUGUGGAGUGCGUCAAACACCUGCUGCAGCACAAGGCGCCUGUUGAUGAUGUCACCCUGGACUACCUGACGGCGCUGCACGUCGCCGCCCACUGUGGUCACUACAGAGUCACCAAGCUGCUGCUGGACAAGAGGGCCAACCCCAACGUUAGGGCUCUGAACGGGUUCACUCCGCUGCACAUCGCCUGCAAGAAGAACCGGGUGAAGGUGAUGGAGCUGCUGGUGAAAUACGGAGCCUCCAUCCAGGCCGUCACGGAGUCUGGUCUGACCCCCAUCCACGUCUCAGCCUUCAUGGGUCACCUCAACAUGGUGCUGCUGCUGCUGCAGAGCGGUGCCUCGCCUGACGUCUGCAACGUCCGUGGUGAGACAGCGUUGCACAUGGCGGCCCGUGCUGGUCAGAUAGAGGUGGUUCGAUGUCUCCUGAGGAACGGAGCUCUGGUCGACGCCGUGGCAAGAGAGGACCAGACGCCGCUCCACAUCGCGUCCCGUCUGGGGAAGACAGAGAUCGUCCAGCUGUUAUUGCAGCACAUGGCUCAUCCUGACGCCUCCACCACUAAUGGAUACAGUCCUCUACACAUCGCUGCCAGGGAGGGACAGGUAGAGACCACCGCUGUGUUGUUGGAGGCUGGGGCUUCACACUCACUGGCUACCAAGAAAGGAUUCACUCCUCUCCAUGUAUCAGCCAAGUAUGGAAGCCUGGAGGUGGCAAAACUCCUCCUGCAGCGCAAAGCUCUGCCUGACGACGCCGGCAAGAACGGUCUGACUCCGCUGCACGUUGCAGCUCACUAUGACAACCAGCAGGUGGCGCUGCUGCUGCUGGACAAAGGGGCGUCGCCCCACGCCACCGCCAAGAACGGAUACACCCCACUCCACAUCGCGGCCAAGAAGAACCAGACGUCCAUCGCCUCGUCUCUGCUGCAGUACGGAGCGGAGACCAACGUCCUAACCAAACAGGGGGUCACCCCUCUACACUUGGCCUCACAGGAGGGGCACAGUGAUAUGACCAGCCUGCUGCUGGGCAAGGGGGCACACGUCAACACUCCCACUAAGAGUGGUCUGACACCCCUCCACCUCACGGCCCAGGAGGACAGAGUGAAUGCAGCAGAAGUUCUGGCCAAACGUGAUGCUAACCUGGACCAGCAAACCAAGCUCGGCUACACUCCUCUCAUAGUUGCCUGUCACUAUGGAAACGUAAAGAUGGUCAACUUCCUCUUGCAGCAGGGCGCCGGUGUCAACGCCAAAACCAAGAACGGUUACACACCACUUCACCAGGCAGCGCAGCAGGGACACACACACAUCAUCAACGUCCUGUUACAGCACGGAGCGACACCCAACACUACCACUGUGAAUGGGAACACUGCUCUGUCCAUUGCCAGGCGUCUGGGUUACAUAUCUGUCGUUGACACUCUGAAGGUCGUCACAGAAGAGGUCAUCACCACGACAACGACGGUGACAUCAGAGAAACACAAGAUGAAUGUUCCGGAAACCAUGACGGAGAUACUGGACGUGUCGGAUGAGGAGGGUGAGGACACUAUGACAGGUGAUGGAGGGGAGUACCUGAGAGCUGAGGACCUGAGGGAGCUGGGAGACGACUCUCUACCUGGACAAUACCUGGACGGAUUCAACUACAUGAGCCACAACCUGGACAGGGCUCAUCAGACCCCUGUCCACCAGAGAGAUGGAGUCCUGAUUGAAGACAUGAUCACCAGCCACCAGGUGUCGUCUCUGUCCAGAGAGAAUGAGAAGGACUCCUUCAGACUGAGCUGGGGAGCAGAGCACCUGGACAACGUAGUGCUGUCAUCUAGCCUGCUGCACUCUGGCCAAUCCUCCCCGUGCCUAGACCAUGACAACAGCAGCUUCCUGGUCAGUUUCAUGGUGGACGCCAGGGGCGGGGCCAUGCGUGGUUGCCGUCACAACGGGCUGCGCAUCAUCGUGCCGCCCAGGAAGUGUUCCGCUCCGACGCGGGUGACGUGCCGCCUGGUGAAGAGGCACCGCCUGGCGUCCAUGCCCCCCAUGGUGGAGGGAGAAGGGCUGGCAGGACGCAUCAUCGAGGUCGGCCCCACCGGGGCACAGUUCCUCGGUAAGCUCCACCUCCCCACGGCCCCGCCCCCUCUCAAUGAGGGAGAGAGUCUGGUCAGCAGGAUACUACAGCUGGGGCCUCCUGGCACCAAGUUCCUGGGGCCGGUGAUUGUGGAGAUCCCUCACUUCGCGGCCCUGCGGGGGACGGAGCGGGAGCUGGUGAUCCUGAGGAGUGAGAUGGGGGAGAGCUGGAGGGAACAUCACUGUGAAUACACAGAGGAGGAACUCAACCAAAUACUGAACGGCAUGGACGAGGAGCUGGACUCUCCUGAGGAGCUGGAGAAGAAGAGGAUUUGCCGUAUCGUCACCAGGGACUUCCCACAAUACUUUGCGGUGGUGUCGCGCAUCAAGCAGGACAGCCAACUGAUUGGUCCUGAGGGAGGGGUGUUGAGCAGUACUCUGGUACCUCAGGUCCAGGCUGUGUUCCCAGAGGGGGCUCUCACUAAGAAGAUCAGGGUUGGACUACAGGCCCAGCCAAUCAGCGUAGACCUGGUGAAGAGGAUUCUGGGUAACAAGGCUACGUUUAGCCCCAUCGUUACCUUGGAGCCCAGGAGGAGGAAGUUCCACAAGCCAAUCACCAUGACGAUCCCUGUCCCCAAAAGCUCGACCAAUGACGGGACAGUCAACGUGUUUGGAGGGGACACGCCAACUCUGCGUCUGCUCUGCAGUAUCACUGGUGGGACCACUCCUGCCCAAUGGGAGGACAUCACUGGCUCCACCCCCCUCACCUUCAUCAACCAAUGUGUGUCCUUCACCACCAACGUGUCAGCAAGGUUCUGGCUGAUAGACUGUCGUCAGACCCAGGAGGCUGUGAGUUUCUCUACCCAGCUGUACAGAGAGAUCAUCUGUGUCCCGUACAUGGCCAAGUUCGUCAUCUUCGCCAAGACGCUGGACCCCGUCGAGGCCCGCCUCCGCUGCUUCUGCAUGACGGACGACAAGAUGGACAAGACGCUGGAACAGCAAGAGAACUUCACAGAGGUGGCGCGGAGUAGAGACGUAGAGGUAUUGGAAGGGAAACCUAUCUUUGCAGACUGUUUUGGGAACCUGGUUCCUCUGACCAAGAGUGGACAGCAUCACGUCUUCAGCUUCUACGCAUUCAAAGAGAACCGUCUCGCACUCUUCAUCAAGAUUCGUGACUGCGCCCAGGAGCCGUGUGGCAGACUGUCCUUCACCAAGGAGCCCCGCACCUACCGUAGUCUUACCCACAAGGCAAUCUGCAACCUGAACAUCACGCUGCCCACCUACUGCAAGGAGUCGGAUUCAGACCAAGACGCAGAUGACGAGAGUGACAAGAGCGACAAAAAAUACUUCCUGACAGGAAUUGACCCCAACCCUGGUAUUCAGGUCGCUUACCAUUUUUAUUUUUAUACCUUCCUGUUUUGUUUAGACUACUUCCUGUUGUGUUUAGACUACUUCCUGUGUCAUGUGUAUGAAUGUGCAGUCAAUUACACCAAUAUGUAUCGACAGGUUAUUUCUUGCCCAUAUCUUUCCUCCGUCCUGUUCUGUUUCUCUUCUGUUGGCUUCGCUUCUGCUGUUGCUGCCCUCCUCCCCCCAUCUCCCCUACCCCAUCUCCCCUCCCCCUCUCCUUUGGAGAACUCACCACUCCUCUUCCGUCGUCAAGCUGCUUUCCCUUUUCCCUGUUUUGAACAGAAGAUAUACUGUGAUAUGUUCUGCCCUGACCACGGUUUUCCGAUGUCUUCUCUUCCCCUUCACUCCAUCCUCCCCUUAUGUUCUUUACACCUUUGGUUUGGUUUCCUCCUUGUUUUCAAAAUGGAAGACGACGAGACGGAGUCGACAGAGACUUACACGCUACCGACCAAUCAGGUGCUAGAUCCAGCCAUGCUGGCCAGCCCUGACCUCCUUUCGGAGGUCGCCGAUAUGAAACACGACCUCAUCAAGAUGUCCGCCAUCUUGACGACAGAGCAAACUGAACACCCAAGCUCUUCGGAUAGAGGUAGAGGAGGAGGAGGAAGAGGAGGAAGGACAGGGAUGGAGGAGGAACCCGGGGAGCCGUUUGAGAUCAUGGAACAGGUGAAAGAGGAUCUGGAGAAGGUUGGAGAUAUUUUACGAGGGGGAGAUACUAGCUUCACAAACAACAAAGAGAAAGUACUGCAGAUGUCCAAAAUGGAGGACGAGGAGUGGGUUCUUCUCUCUCAGACUAAAGCCAAAGCCAUGACUCCCUCUGAUGUUCAGGAGCCGGUACUACAAGAAGUCAACAUUCAGAGGAAGACCUCUUCCACAAUGACCAAAGAGGUUAGAGAUAUGUCAGGUAUGGUAUCUCACCAAAGUGGAGGCAUGAACCAGCACCUAGAAGAGAGAUCUGGUGUAACCAGUUGCCUACUACAGGACAUCAUAGUCCAGGAGAGAUUAGCUCAGGUGGUUCUGAAGCGGGAAGGCAAACGCCAUCCUCCUGAGAUCAAAAAGCCGAUCAGGAAGAAGUUGAGGGACAGGGAACGUUCUGGAUGCAGCAGUUCUGAGGGUGAGCUGGAGAGGAUGAGCUCUGAGGAGUCCCUUGAUGGGGAUGUUGUUCUGGGGGAGCCGAGGCCGGGAGUGGUUCCCGGGUCUGAGCCUGUAGUCGUUCCUGGGUCUGAGCCUGGAGUGGUUCCCAGGUCUAUGCCGGUAGUGGUUCCUGGGUCUGAGCCUGUAGUCGUUCCCAGGUCUAUGCCUGGAGUGGUGUCUGGGUCUGAGCCUGGAGUAGUUCCCAGGUCUAUACCUGGAGUGGUUCCUGGGUCUGAGCCUGGAGUGGUUCCUGGAUCUGAGCCUGGAGUGGUUCCCAGGUCUAUGCCUGGAGUGGUGUCUGGGUCCGGACCUAUAGUGGUGUCUGGGUCUGAACCUGGAGUGGGGCCCGGGACUGAGUUAAAACCGACUGCAACCCUGGAUUGGGAUGUUGUACUGGGGGAGUCUGGGCUCAGGUCUGGGUCUGAGACUUGGUCUGGGUCUUCUGAACCAACCCCAGCCAUGGAGCCACCAGUGUCGCCCCUGGUCGUGGAAACCCCAAUCGGGUCCAUAAAGGACAGAGUGAGAGCUCUACAAAAGAAGGUUGAGGAAGAGGAAGAGGGGGAGGAUGGCCGCAAGCGAAAGCCUGCGCAGGCGCCAGUCCCUCAGAACACAACUUUCAUCACCAUCACUAAGGAAACGGGUGAGCCCCAGAUGCCAGAUCUUCCCAAGCUUCCCAAAUCUCCGAAAUCCCCCCGGUCUCAGACGGAGAGGCUGGAGGAGACGAUGUCUGUCCGGGAGCUGAUGAAGGCAUUCCAGACUGGCCAGGAUCCUUCCAAGAACAAAACGGGGCUCUUCGAGCACAAAGCCAUGACGUCAUCCACAACCUCCACAUCGAGCUCCGAGGCAGUGAUCUACAGUGAGACCUACAGAGCUGAAGCCAGUCCCACAGAGCAUAUGUCAUCAGAAACUCCAACUUCCACAAUCCUCUGCUCGCAGAGUGAUAUCCUGGCCCUCCACUACGAAGGGGCGGAUGAUGAACCACAUCUGAUCUUAGUAAGAGACCACUCUGAAGACUCUGAAAAAACGAAUGUCUUAGAAAGGGACCACUCUGAAUACUCUGAGAUAACUCAUGUUACGGUUCAGUUGCAGGAGUCAGUGACUAACAUCAACAGAAUACAACCAGAGGACAGAGGGAUCCCUCUAGACAGGGCUCUACCAGAGGAUGGAGGGAUCCUCCUAGACAGGGCUCUACCAGAGGACGGAGGGAUCAUCCUAGACAGGGCUCUACCAGAGGACGGAGGGAUCCUCCUAGACAAGGCUCUACCAGAGGACGGAGGGAUCCUCCUAGACAGGGCUCUACCAGAGGAUGGAGGGAUCCUCCUAGACAGGGCUCUACCAGAGGACGGAGGGAUCCUCCUAGACAAGGCUCUACCAGAGGAUGGAGGGAUCCUUCUAGACAGGGCUCUACCAGAGGACGGAGGGAUCCUCCUAGACAAGGCUCUACCAGAGGACGGAGGGAUCCUCCUAGACAGGGCUCUACCAGAGGACGGAGGGAUCCUCCUAGACUGGGCUCUACCAGAGGACGGAGGGAUCCUCCUAGACAAGGCUCUACCAGAGGAUGAAGGGAUCCUCAUAGACAGGGCUCUACCAGAGGACGGCGGGAUCCUCCUAGACAAGGCUCUACCAGAGGACAGAUGUAUCCUCCUAGACAAGGCUCUACCAGAGGAUGGAGGGAUCCUCCUAGACAGGGCUCUACCAGAGGACGGAGGGAUCCUCCUAGACAGGGCUCUACCAGAGGACGGAGGGAUCCUCCUAGACAGGGCUUUACCAGAGGACGGAGGGAUCCUCCUAGUCAGGGCUCUACCAGAGGACGGAGGGAUCCUCCUAGACAGGGCUCUACCAGAGGACGGAGGGAUCCUCCUAGACAGGGCUCUACCAGAGAACAGAGGGAUCCCUCUAGACAGGGCUCUACCAGAGGACGGAGGGAUCCUCCUAGACAGGGCUCUACCAGAGGACGGAGGGAUCCUCCUAGACAAGGCUCUACCAGAGGACGGAGGGAUCCUCAUAGACAGGGCUCUACCAGAGGACAGAGGGAUCCUCCUAGACCAGGAUCUAUCAGAACAUGGAGCAAUCGUCCUAGACAGGGCUCUACCAGAGGACAGAGGGAUCCUCCCAGACAGGGCUCUACCAGAGGACAGAGGGAUCCUCAUAGACAGGGCUCUACCAGUGGACGGAGGGAUCCUCCUAGACAGGGCUCUACCAGAGGACGGAGGGAUCCUCCUAGACAGGGCUCUAUCAGAGGAUGGAGGGAUCCUCCUAGACAAGGAUCUACCAGAGGACAGAUGUAUCCUCCUAGACAGGGCUCUACCAGAGGACGGAGGGAUCCUCCUAGACAGGGCUCUACCAGAGGAUGGAGGGAGCCUCAUAGACAGGGCUCUACCAGAGGACGGAGGGAUCCUCCUAGCCAGGGCUCUACCAGAGGAUGGAGGGAUCCUCCUAGACAGGGCUCUACCAGAAGACGGAGGGAUCCUCCUAGCCAGGGCUCUACCAGAGGAUGGAGGGAUCCUCCUAGACAGGGCUCUACCAAAUGAUGAAGGGAUCCUCCUAGACAGGGCUCUACCAGAGGACGGAAGGAUCCUCCUAGACAGGGCUCUACCAGAGAAUGAAGGGAUCCUCCUAGACAAGGCUCUACCAGAGGAUGGAGGGAUCCUCCUAGACAGGGCUCUACCAGAGGACAGAGGGAUCCUCAUUGACAGGGCUCUACCAGAGGACAGAGGGAUCCUCCUAGACAGGGCUCUACCAGAGGACGGAAGGAUCCUCCUAGACAAGGCUCUACCAGAGGACAGAUGUAUCCUCCUAGACAGGGCUCUACCAAAGGACGGAGGGAUCCUCCUAGACAGGGCUCUACCAAAGGACGGAGGGAUCCUCCUAGACAGGGCUCUACCAAAGGACAGAGGGAUCCUUAUAGCCAGGGCUCUACCAAAGGACGGAGGGAUCCUCCUAGACAGGGCUCUACCAGAGGACAGAGGGAUCCUCCUAGACAGGGCUCAACCAGAGGAUGGAGGGAUCCUCCUAGACAGGGCUCUACCAGAGGACGGAGGUAUCAUCCUAGACAGGGCUAUACCAGAGGACGGAGGGAUCCUCCUAGACAGGGCACAACCAGAGGAUGGAGGGAUCCCUCUAGACAGGGCUCUACCAGAAGAUGGAGGGAUUCUCCUAGACAAGGCUCUUCCAGAGGACGGAGGAAUCCCUCUAGACAGGGCUCUACCAGAGGACGGAGAUAUCCUCCUAGACAGGGCUCUACCAAAGGACGGAGGGAUCCUCCUAGACAGGGCUCUACCAAAGGACAGAGGGAUCCUUAUAGACAGGGCUCUACCAAAGGACGGAGGGAUCCUCCUAGACAGGGCUCUGCCAGAGGACAGAGGGAUCCUCCUAGACAGGGCUCAACCAGAGGAUGGAGGGAUCCUCCUAGACAGGGCUCUACCAGAGGACGGAGGUAUCAUCCUAGACAGGGCUCUACCAGAGGACGGAGAGAUCCUCCUAGACAGGGCUCAACCAGAGGAUGGAGGGAUCCCUCUAGACAGGGCUCUACCAGAAGAUGGAGGGAUUCUCCUAGACAAGGCUCUUCCAGAGGACGGAGGAAUCCCUAUAGACAGGGCUCUACCAGAGGACGGAGGGAUCAUCCUAGACAGGGCUCUAGCAGAGGACGGAGGAAUCCCUCUAGACAGGGCUCUACCAGAGGAUGGAGAGAUCCUCCUAGACAGGGCUCUACCAAAGGACGGAGGGAUCCUCCUAGACAGGGCUCUACCAAAGGACGGAGGGAUCUUCCUAGACAGGGCUCUACCAGAGGACGGAGGGAUCCUCCUAGACAGGGCUCUACCAAAGGACGGAGGGAUCUUCCUAGACAGGGCUCUACCAGAGGAUGGAGGGAUCCUCCUAGACAGGGCUCUACCAAAGGACGGAGGGAUCUUCCUAGACAGGGCUCUACCAGAGGACGGAGGGAUCCUCCUAGACAGGGCUCUACCAAAGGACGGAGGGAUCCUCCCAGACAGGGCUCUACCAGAGGACAGAGGGAUCCUCCUAGACAGGGCUCAACCAGAGGAUGGAGGGAUCCUCCUAGACAGGGCUCUACCAGAGGACGGAGGUAUCAUCCUAGACAGGGCUAUACCAGAGGACGGAGGGAUUCUCCUAGACAGGGCUCAACCAGAGGAUGGAGGGAUCCUCCUAGACAGGGCUCUACCAGAGGACGGAGGUAUCAUCCUAGACAGGGCUAUACCAGAGGACGGAGGGAUCCUCCUAGACAGGGCUCAACCAGAGGAUGGAGGGAUCCCUCUAGACAGGUCUCUACCAGAAGAUGGAGGGAUUCUCCUAGACAAGGCUCUUCCAGAGGACGGAGGAAUCCCUAUAGACAGGGCUCUACCAGAGGACGGAGGGAUCAUCCUAGACAGGGCUCUAGCAGAGGACGGAGGAAUCCCUCUAGACAGGGCUCUACCAGAAGAUGGAGGGAUUCUCCUAGACAAGGCUCUACCAGAGGACGGAAGAAUCGUCCUAGACAAGGCUCUACCAGAGGACAGAGCGAUCUUCCUAGACAGGGCUCUAUCAAAGGAUGGAGGGAUCCUCCUGGACAGGGCUCUACCAGAGGACGGAGGGAUCUUCCUAGACAGGGCUCUACCAGAGGAUGGAUGGAGCAGCCCAGAGAUUAUGCAACAGGAGGAGCCAGAGAUGGGACAAGAAAGGAGGUCUUCUAUAGAGAUGAUGCAGCUGGAGGAGCCAGAGAUGGGACCAGAUAGGAAGUCUUCUAUAGAGAUGAUGCAGCUGGAGGAACCAGAGAUGGGACUAGAAAGGAGGUCUUCUAUAGAGAUGAUGCAGCUGGAGGAGCCAGAGAUGGGUCCAGACAGGAGGCGUUCUUCAGAGAUGAUGCAGCUGGAGGAACCAGAGAUGGGACCAGACAGGAAGUCUUCUAUAGAGAUGAUGCAGCUGGAGGAGCCAGAGAUGGGACCAGACAGGAAGUCUUCUCUAGAGAUGAUGCAGCUGGAGGAGCCAGAGAUGGGACCAGACAUGAGGCCUUCUAUAGAGAUGAUGCAGCUGGAGGAACCAGAGAUGGGACCAGACAGGAAGUCUUCUAUAGAGAUGAUGCAGCUGGAGGAACCAGAGAUGGGACCAGCCAGGAAGUCUUCUAUAGAGAUGCAGAUCAGCCCGGACAGGAAACCAUCUGAGGACUUUAGCGCUGACAUCAAGGCCGAGCUGGAGGACAGUCCAGAGUACCAGCUGUUCAGACAGACCUCGUUCACAGGGGGCAACAACCACCCCCAGGCUGAAGCAGCCGAGGAGGAGCUCUCAGCAGACCACCCAAACGACACCCCAACCUUCAUGUUCAGCCCCUGUAUGAACGACGACAGACGGGAUGAGUUAUUCACUAAGACUGAGAACCUGGUGGGGAAUGAAAGCCCUGUGAGUCUGAAGAAUGAAGGUGCAGCGGACUCUCCCGGGACUAGCCUAGGAACCAGGACUCCCCAUUCAAGCACGGGGGAGAGUGAGAAACACGAAGGAUUAGCAGACACCCCACAGAUGAGCCCACUCACAUUCCCCACUCAGGAGGUUGACCUGCCCACAGUUUAUAGAGAGACAGAGAGAAUGGAUGGGAUGAAAGUACUAGGAGACGUGAUUCAUGGUGAUGAAGAAAUCUUUCCAGAAACUGAAGAUUUAGUCAUAGCAACCAAGUCAGUGACCCCGUCCCCUGUUCGGGAACAAGAAGUCAUGAUCCAACGGAAAACCUCCCCCAGACCUGUUACAGUGGUGAGAGAUAUGUCAGGGGUGGAGUCACUCCUCAGGGAAGAUAUGGAUCACUACCUAGAACAGAGACCAUCACCUGUCCGUGGCACUGAAGUGAUGACAGUUCAGGAACCAAUGUUACAAGAAGUCAGGAUGGAGAGGAAAUCCUCCCCCAGACCGGUUACAGUGGUGAGCGAUAUGUCAGGGAUGGAGUCACUCCUCAGGGAAGAUAUUGAUCACUACUUAGAACAGAGAUGUAUGGUAAUCAGUGGUUCACCAAAGGAUGACAUUGUCCAACAACAGAGUUUCAAACAGACCAUCCUGACCAGGGAUGACAAGCAACAAUCACUUAUUUUCUCCACAAAGGAGGUAGACAUGUCUACAGAAGAUACAGAGACAGAAAAAGAAGACUGGUGGAAAGUGCAAGACAUGGGUGAUGGUGGCGCUCGGGGUGCCGAAGCGAUAAUCUUGAACCCAGUUCAGGAACCAAUGUUACAAGAAGUCAUGAUCGAAAGGAAGACAUCCCCCAGACCAGCUGUAAGAGUUAAAGAUACGUCAGGCAUGGAGGCACUCCUCAGUGGAGAUUUAGAACAGUACCUAGAAGACAGACCUGUAGAUCUCAGGGGUGUAUCGGAGGACGACGUCGUCCAAGAGAGAUUUGAACAGGUUAUGAUUACACGGGAGAGCAAACGGGAAACCCACACGUUCUCCACUGAGCAGGUAGAUAAAGUGACAGAACGAGAUGUUGUUAAUAAUGCAGUGCAAGUAGGAGCCGUGGAGGACGACGUCAUCUACGGCGAUAAGGACUUCAUGCAGAGUCGUUCAGCUGGGCGGGAACCAUCAGAACGUUCGGCUACUACAGUAAUACGUUCAAGAGACUCAAAGAAGGUGACCUUUGACCUUCAAAGGACGUUUGAUUCAGUGCUCCCCGCUCAAGCCUCUGAAGAGGAUGACCAGGUCCCUGUUGGGACAAGACCCAUCUUAGAGGACUGGGAUGAUUUAGAGAUAAAACCAUCGUACCACAAAACAACAGAACUUUCAUACUCAAACCUAAACAUGCAAGACUCAAUUUCAGCAGACAGAAUUGCUCCUGAAUCUGGUUGGGUUGCACCAGAGCUCCAUGAAAGGGAUUCACCUGAUCAUGGAGCGGUGCACAGCCCAGACGGUGUGGGUCAGGCCCUCAGACCUGCAGACUUAGAGGUCCUCUUUCCUUUGGCCCUGGGCCACCCAGAGAGACGACUCUCCCAUGGGGAUUCUCUGGAGACCAGUCCUGUCAUGGAUGAAGGUUCCUCCAGGAAGUCCCCUGACUCUUUAGAGCCAAGUCCAACCGGGGACUCCCCCUGCCUUGACUCGCUGGAGAGCAGCCCCACUGAACCGAAACAAGACACAGGCUUUCAGGCGACAAAGAAGACAGCUGUGUAUGAAGACUACUUCUCUCAGCUUAGAGCCUGUCUCGGUGAGGAGCACGUCAGCAACAUUGAGAAUGAGGAUUACUCCAAACGGACCUAUCAAAUGGAUGGUGAGCGCGAGGGUCCCCUCCCAUUGAAGGGGGGAGACCCUGAGUGGCUCUCCAUGCCCAUAAAUCUGAGCUCAAACCCUGAGGAUGAUAUGGACGACGUGGAUGCAGAGGGUAGCGAGACCGGCCAGAGACAGUUCACACCAGAGGAGGAGAUGUUCAAAAUGGCCGCCAAGAUCAAAACCUUUGAGGAGAUGGAGCAGGACGUCAAAACGAAGACAGACGGGAAACCCUCAGACGGCUCUGUGUUAUCAGACUCUGAGGAUUAUGAAGAGUCGAUCGUUGACCUGAUGGACAGGGAAGCGAAAUUAACUAACCCCAAAAUCGACACCGAUACUCUUCAGUCUGAAAUUGAAACUAUGGCUACAAUCCAACCCUCAGUCCCUGGUGCAGUAACUGAGUUGGAUAGUUCAGUUCAAUGUGAAGCUCACUUACCAUACAGUGCCUCAGGACAUUCACUAUCAGGAAGACAGGUCUCUGAGCACCUCGAAUAUCAUUCACUAAGCACUGAAAAAGAACACUAUACCACAGAGAAUAUCAGUGAAAAUAUCAGUGAACGUACUGAGCAGAAAGAGGAGACAGAUGUAAUAUCGGCUAUGCAAGCACACGAGGAUGAGAGGGAUCAGUCACAGUUGAGAGUCAGUCAGUCUGGUGAAAGUCUGUCAGUCAAACCAGAGGUGUUAUGCACCGACGAUGAAAGCUUCAAGGAGGUGGAGGAUGAGGAUGCGGAGGCAGCCAUGUUGGAAAUGCAUCCCGAAGACAUGCCUGUUCAAGGAGAGCUGGUCCCAUGGAGUGCCAUGCCAGACGACAACGAGAAUGACAACGACGACGAAGCCUUCGACGCACGUGUAGAGGCGGAGGAACGAAGGAUUAUGGGUCUCGUGGAAGACCGCCGUACCCCUGACACCACACCGACCGAGGGGGGCACCCCCAACCCCUUCCAGUUCCAGGAAGGGAAGUUCUUUGAGAUGACCAGAGGGGGUGCUGUGGACAUGACGAGGAGGAGCGUUGAAGAGGAGGCCGAGGGCUAUGCCUUCUUUCACAUAGGAGAACACCCAGUUGACCAGGUUCUGUUCCAGGACACUGGAGAUUACGCUGGCCCCGAUGUUCUCAAAACAGAACAGACUAUUGACGUUGCUGACCAAACCAAAGAUGAUUCUGACUCCUCCUUCAAGACUUUACCAUUACCCGAGGCUGAUCAGAGGGGGAAACCAAUGGCCAAACCCAGGACCUCCAUCAAAAUUGAGCCAAAAGCUGAAACAUUCCCCCUGCUAGAAGCUGAGAUGGGAAGCUUCUUAGAGGUAGGUUCUCCAGACCCGACUAUAGCUGACCUCCAGAUGUUUACCACCGCUGCUACUGUCACCCGCUCUGUGUACUCUGAACAGGUCCACCAGUCAUCCGACUCAUCCCUUGAGGAUGAAGAAGAAGAGGAAGAGGAGCCAUGCUCUAUCAUUGAAAUGCUCGCUGGCUAUUAUGACUCAGUGGCACCCCCUAGUGUCCUGCAAGGGUAUGACACCUCAGCAGGGUCUGACACCUCAGUGGCACCCACUAGUGUCCUGGCAGGGUCUGACACCUCUAGUGUCCUGGAAGGGUCUGACAUCUCAGUGGCUCCCUCUAGUGUCCUGGCAAUAUCCUACACCUCAGCAGACACUGUGGCUAAGGAUGAAAGCAGUUUCAAAUCAAAGAUACCCAUCAAAGCUGGUUCAGUGAAAUCAGACCUGGGCCAUGAGCAGAAAUCAACAGUGGUGGAAUCUCUUGAUCAGGACCGGAGGACGAGGUCUGAGGAGGAUUUUAAAGCCGGGAAGAAAAUCUUAACUAACAAAGACAGCAGGAGUCACUCCGACAGCGACCGUCCUACAACUAAAUCCAAACCUCUCACCUCCAGACUCCCUGUCAUGGGCAAGCACAAAACCACAGCCCAUUCCUCCUCCUCUUCCCAGCCCAACAGAGACCAGGGCUCUGACCUACGAGAGCCUUCCCUCCGAUCCUCUCUGGAUGUCGACGACAUCAGCAGCAGCGGUGAUCACAACGGUCCACAUUCUGUCAUCUUCAAGUAUGACAGACCAACGCCUCGCAGAUCUGCCCCAGACACGAGGGCUUUGCCGACUCAGACACGGGUUCGAGCUUCCUCGGUGACGGGAGAGCUUUUUGAGUCGAGACCCAUCUGGGAAGACUCAGUGGAGACUCAGACACGAGUUGGAGCUUCCUCGGUGACGGAGGAGGUGUUUGAGUCGAGACCAAUCUGGGAAGACUCAGUGGAGACUCAGAUGCAGCUAAUCUGGGCUGAUCGGACCACGGAGCGGCAGCAAGUGGAUUGGCACGACGAUGCAGACAGGAAAGAGGAGACGUUGGCUAUCAUUGCAGACCUGCUGGGGUUCAGCUGGACAGAGCUGGCGAGGGAGCUGGAGUUCAACGAGGAUGAGAUCCAGGAAGUGAGGAUGGAGAACCCUAACUCCUUACAGGAGCAGAGCCACGCCUUGCUGCAGCGCUGGGCUGAGAGAGAGGGAAAACACGCCACCGCAGAGGACAGCCUGAUAAAGAGGCUGACCAAGAUCAACCGGAUGGACAUCGUCCACCUGAUAGAGACCCAGAUGAACAAGUCAGCUCAGGAGCAGACAUCCAGGACCUACGCAGAGAUAGAGAAGACUCUGGACCAGAGUGAAGUGUCUGUAGCCCUGUCCUCAGUGCAGGAGGACGUAGACAGCGUCAGACUGGUGAGGAGGGUGGACUCUUCCCCCAGACCGCCCCCAGCCGUCUCAGAGGAGGACCUAUCAGUAGCCUCCCUCCUGGACAUUCCUUCCUGGGCGGAGCCUAUGGGCCACACCCACUCAGAGAGCAUGCACGGGCUAUUGGAGGACCUCGAGAUCCCAAUGGAGCUGAGCCCCAACCCGUGGACUUCGGAGGACGAGGUAACGAGGGAGUCCGCCACCGCCACCGCCAGCGAGCAAGUUUCAGCAGGAUCCUCCAUGGAGAAUCUAUCAGAACCCAUACAUGUAUUAGCGUUGGACCAACCGUCUACUAAUAGACCUAUCUCAAACAAAACACUCAUGUCUGAAACCCAAUCUGUGACUCCAGAUCUCCAGAUUCCAAAUGCCUUUGAAUUCAGUCCGUUAUCCCCUGAAAUGACAAUGCCCACUGAGAAGAUGAGGGUAUCGCCAGAAAGUCCGGAAAAAACAUUGAAUCUGAACAAGGAGUCCGCUUCUUCAGAAACCAGUCCGUUAUUACCAGACCUUCUCAGCCACAACUCUGAAGACAGCCAAGGUGAUGAACCACAAUGGUCAGCGACCAAUCUACAAACACCCCUGGAGUCAGGGGCACCCGCCCAGCUUGAUGAGCUGCUGUCGGAAUUUGAAGAAAUCAAACCGGAAUUCCGACCAGAAACUCUGGAACCACUGGACUCACCUCUUUCAGAAUCCAGCGAAGGGGAUCUUGAAGAUCUACAACCUUAUGUUGAGUUUGAGGAACUCUUGCCUGAAUCAGACGGAAAUCCCACUGGGGGUGAGGAAGAGAUCUCUAGUCUCAGUCCCUCAUCCCCUAUUCAGAUCACAGGGGAGCCAGCUGAAAUAAGUGUAGUGGUCUCAGUGCCGACCGAUCUCUCCCUGUCCUAUGAAACUGAUCCGGAGGUAUUUGGGGUGACCGCAGAUCUAAUCAAGACCUUCCCAGAGCCUAGCCAAGUUACAGCUGAUCCCGUUCAGUUGAGCCACUUGGAGUACCUGCAAACACACAGAGCAGAACAAUCAGAUCUCACUGGUUCCAUGUCUUUGGUUAGCCCCACUGCUGCUACCAAAUCCGUCGGAACACCGGAAUCUCCAGAACCAUGCCAUAAGGUUCUAGAACUGUCAUCAGAAUCAAUUGUUCCAUCUCAAAAGUUCCAGUCACUCGAACAUGAUGAUGCUGCUGUUUUUACCGAACCUUCGACUGUAGAAGAACAUCGAAUCUGUCUCCCACAGCGGGACCU